UACUUCCGCAUGGCGUGGGUGCUGCGAUAAUUCCUCUGUGAUCAAGUUCGAGUUUUCUAUGCUCAGUUCUCAAGAUCUGAAGACAUUUUGUACCUUAACACAUAAGAGAAAAGAAAACAACUGAAAGAAAAGGACGAUUGUAACAGUUAAAAAAACACAAGAUGGGACGUCUACCCCAUGGACAGAAGACGGCUCACGUUGAUGCCAGCUAUGGACCUGACGCAGACAUCAUGAAGUUCUUCUCAACUUCCUAUGCUUCGUCUCAUGGCAAAGAUGGUUUCACUCCAAGAACUGGGAAACAUGUCGGGACUGGAUACCAGUCUAAUUUCCGUCCAGGGGUAUACUACAGCCAUCGAAUUGACGUCCUUGAUAACCCAGCCAUGGAGAAACUUCUACGCAAGAACUACACGUCCAUCACGAAGAUGCACUUCAACCCAGCUGAAGAUUCCGAUGGGCGUGACCCCCUGUCUUCUAAUCUGACCCAGGUCGGCAGUGGCUUCACAAGACAGGAUCCCAUCACAACACCAACAUUCAACAAUGUGCGGCAUGUUUGUGUCGAUACACGUAACCAUGGUAUGGGCCCAGCGAUCAGCGGUGUCCUUCCUAAGCACCGACCACUCCUCCACAAGCUUCGAUCUAAGGAUCCUGUUGCAGCAGAACACGCAGCUCAUGGGCCAGGGUUCAUGUCCACAGAAUCCAAAGUCCGCUACCAGGGAAAGCCAAGUGUGCGCCUCGAUACAUCAACCAAGACAGUUGGAAAGAAGGAAGGGUCUGGUUACACACACGCCUACAAUGUUGAACCAAUCAAAUUCCAUCCAGGCUCCUCGCACUCCAAUCAGUAUCCAGGUUUCUACACAGAUCGCCCGACUGGUACGAGUCAUAUGAAAACUGCAUAUUUGCCAUCCAAGUUCAUGCAGGGCGAUGAGAAGCUUCCAAUUGUUGCCAAUCGAUCAGACAGAGAGACAGGGUUCACACAUGAGAAAGCCAAACCCCUCUACGUCAACAGGGUCAUGAGAGAUGCGUACACAACCAACGAGCAAGUACCCGGUGCUGUUGAGAACAGAAUGAGGAAGAGUGACCCAGCGGAGUAUCUCAACAUGACAAACCCCGAUAAUCACUCCUCUAUCACCUCUAAGAGUUUCCUUGGACAGCAGAGGCCCUCGCUGAGUGAACAUGAACGACUCGGGAGAUACUACGUUGGAAAUAAGGAGCUGUCUGGUUACAGCGAUAACAACGACAAGCCGCAAGUACAGAUUCCCAUCGAGCCAAUGCGAUGGAUCACACAUUACGACACAAAAUUCUACAACAUGAAUCCAAAAGGCAAAGCUAGGGCCGGACGCACAUUUGGUAAUGUGAUGGACCAGCUACCCGAUGGGUUUACCAAGAGUACAUCCGUGCACUCAUAUGGUCCAGAUAUAGACUCCACAGCUCAGCUAAGAACUCUCCAUCCAUACGUGGCGAGGAGUAUCAAGGCCAGGGAUGUCUACUAUGACGACCACACUCACGAUACUAAGAAACACGUCAACUUCGGCUUGCCUCAAGUCUUGGCUAGUGUGUAGUGUCAUCCAACCCAUCAACCUGCCGUCGAUUUCACCAAACUCUUCCUAACUUAAGAUUGAUCUUAGGGCUUAGGACGAGUCCCAACCCUGCG